UCAAAAGGUAAAUGUUCACCGCCAAGCCCACAAAUGGCCUCCUCUUCUCUCGCUUUAUGUAAUUCUCUAUGCGGUCACUCCACCGUACGAACCAUUUUUAACACUCAACUGCAGGCUCCUCAACUAAUCAGAUCAAACCGACCGGUCGUUUUUCCAAGCGUUUCGGUGAUCGCCAAGAAUCUGAACAAGUUCCAGUGCGUAAGAACCAAAGCGUCAAUGGCGGAGACUUCCACAACCAACAAAAAGAAGGUGCAGGUGUUUGAUUCGGAGGAAGAUCUCGCAGUCUCAUUGGCCAAAUACACGGCCGAUCUGUCGGAGAAGUUUGGUAAAGAGAGGGGUAGUUUCUCUGUCGUUUUGUCCGGUGGUUCUCUCAUCAAGUCACUCAGGAAAUUGGUGGAACCGCCGUAUGUUGAUUCAAUUGAAUGGGAGAAAUGGCACGUAUUUUGGGUGGAUGAGAGAGUUGUUCCCAAGGAUCAUGAAGAUAGCAAUUAUAAACUAGCAUAUGACGGUUUUCUCUCUAAGGUACCGAUUACCCCUGGUAACGUUUAUUCUAUCAAUGAUUCACUGUCAGCAGAGGGUGCAGCUGAAGAUUAUGAGAUCUGUCUCAAGCAUUUGGUUAAGAGAAAUAUACUAAAUGUAUCAGCAGCUACCGGGUUGCCAAAGUUUGAUCUCAUGCUUCUUGGUAUGGGUCCUGAUGGACAUGUAGCUUCUUUAUUUCCAGGGCAUCCUCUUGUAAACGAGAAAGAGAAAUGGGUUACCUCCAUUAAAGACUCACCAAAGCCACCUCCAGAGAGGAUUACUUUUACCUUCCCUGUAAUCAAUUCAUCUGCGUAUAACGCACUUGUGGUGUGUGGUGCUGGUAAAGCUGGUCCAGUGCAGGCUGCAUUGGGAAAUAGUCAAAAUUCGGAUAAGCUACCUGUUCAAAUGGUUUCAGCUGAAGUUGAAUUAGCUUGGUUUUUAGACAAAAAUGCUGCUUCAAAGCUGUAAGAGGUCGGAAAAUCUAGCUACAUGAGCAGAUCUAUGUAAUGUCUACUCUAUUUAUUUUGUGUUUGGUGUACUUUGUGGUUUGUUUCGUCGAUCAAUAAGAGCUACUGGAUUUUGUAGUA